AGUCUGAAGCGCGUCUGCGUCUCAAGCAUGAGCAGCCAUGGCAGCAGCAGCAGCACCCCCAGCACGGGUUCCCCUUCUCUCCACCGAAACUUGUUUGUGCUCCUGCUGGUGUGGCUCCUGGCGUGUGUGUGUGUGUCGAGUGUCUCGGGUGCGCCCCGCUCCCCGUCCCCCUGCAGCGCCUCUCUAAAGCAGAGCUUGAAGAUCGCUCGCAUGCUGCACACUGAGACUGGAAAACUCCUCCAGACAUACAGAGCCAAUCAGGGCGAGGGCGUGGAGUUCAUCUGCCAGGCGCAGUCGGAGGGCGUGCCCGAGGCGACGGUGUUCGGCCAGGACUGGACGGAGCGGCUGAGCGGCGUGCACCUGCGCCUGCACGAGUUUGCGCCGCACCUGCGCCACGUGUGCGAGCAGCAGGCGGAGCUGCAGCCGCCGGGCUCCAGGCUGCUGGGCGAGCUGGCCCAGGUUCAGCUGCGCGUGCCCCACCUCGCCUCCUCCCUCCACGGCCUGCUGGAGCUCCUGCUGCCCAACAGCGUCCUGGAGCCUCCGGGCCCCACGGGCCAGCCCCCCCUGCCCCCCCUCAACAGCUUCCAGCAGAAGGCGUACGGCUGUAGCGUGCUCACGCGCUUCCGCAACUUCCUGUCCAACAGCCAGAAGGAACUCAAGGCCCUUAGAGGCGUGGCCUGCAAGCGAGCAGUGCGGCUGAUUGGACAGCACAGACUCUGACCACACCCCCCCCGGACUGACCCUGUUUGUCCACACUGUGUUGUUUUUAUAUCUUUCUAUUUAUUAGCCGUUAUUAUUAUUUAUUGUAUGCCACAUGAUAAUUAUUAUUAUUAUUAUACGAAAUGUGCUAUGUUUAUAUAGUAGAAAUUAUAUUUUUGUUCUAAACAUGAGCCCUGCUGGCCCGGGCUCUUGCUGAUAGAAUCAGCAGCAGAAUGAUUUGUCUGUCUCAUACACACACACACACACACACACACACACACACACACACACGUGUUUCUAAACGAGUCACUUUUGAUGGGUUUGUUGUUUACUGCCUAAGUGCCUAAAUAUCUGCUUUAAAUUAGACAAAACACACAAAAGAACCACCUGCUGACCGACAAGACCUUUCAAUCGGUCACUGGGUCAGCUCGGAGAUUGUGAGAUAAAGGACUGAUAAUGCUCUCAUUAUGACAGGGGAUGACUGCAGUUUUUCUGCAAUGUGAAAAAUGAUAUUAAAAUAAAAAGGGAACUGGAUGAAUGGGUGUGUUCAAAGUGUGUGUGUGUGUGUGUGUGUGUGAGUGUGUGUUUGUUCCACUGGGCAGACAGAAGCAUGACACACCAACUGCUGAGGGCUUCUCACAGGUCUGUCUGUAGACUGUCUCUGAGACAUCGUGUGUGUGAGAGUGCGCAUACUCUGUGUACAAAGGUUUAGGUAGUGUGUACUUGUGUGUAAAAGCAGAGAUGUGUACGGGUCUGUAUGCAUGUCUCUGCCGAGUGUGUGCUUGGGUGUGUGUGAGUGGGGAAGUGGUGUGUGGGUGAUCUCACUUGUGGGUGACGCACGUCUAAGAGCAGCGCAGCUUCAGAUAGGAAAGACUUUAUGCAAGAGACCGACUGGCUUGUCACAAGGUCCAGCUUGAACAUCCCCUCCUGCU